UGUCUACGGGAGGUACAGAGUCUCCGAGUCCAGGAGGCUUCCGACGUAAAGGAUCAACACAGCGCAGAGUCAACUCAGUCUACCAGAGGAAAUCAACGGCCUUCCUCGAUGUGCCUGACCGACACCAGCAGCAACAAGAACAGGAGGAUGAAGAUUCUUACAGGCUCCGCUCAUUCAGUUUUACCAGUAAAGGAGUGGUGAACCGGGGCGACUCCUUCAGGAGGCGGAGGUCUCGCAGUAAUAGCCUCCUGCCGCCGAGCCCCUGCCCUGAGCCUGCCACUCUCUCCCCUGUCCCUAGUCCAGAGGUGGUCAGCUACCGGGUAGCCAUGCUGGGGGCUCCUGGAGUCGGCAAGACCGCACUUGUCAGCCAGUUCAUGACUUCGGAGUGUAUCAACGCCUACGACCGCACAAGAGACGACGGUGUGACAGAUGGCACUAUCGAGCAGUCGGUGUGUAUCAUGCUUAACGGAGAAGAGUCUGAGCUUAAAUUUAUCAACAUUGGGAAUGAAAAGGGAGAGGUUGACAAGACCUCGGCCCCCGCGGACGCCUACGUCGUGAUGUACUCUGUGAUAGACAAGGCGAGUUUUCAGAGGGCGGAGGACGAGAUGGGGCGGCUCCAGGACUACGACCUGCUGCGGGCGCGACCCGCCAUUCUUGUAGCUAACAAGGUCGACUUAGUCAGGAGUAGAGCCGUUUCCUCUCAAGAUGGUAAAUGCCUGGCAUGCACGUACCGUGCAAAAUUCAUAGAGAUCUCAGUCGGGAUCAACCACAACGUGGAUGAGCUUCUUGUGGGUAUCCUCAACCAGAUCCGAAUGAAGCGAGCAUGCGCAGACCGUGAAAGCGGAUCUCACUGGUACAAGAGUAGAGGUGUGGUCAGAGCCAGCAUGAAAGCGCGUCAAAUGUUCACCUGGAUCUUCGGAAAGGAGGAUUCUAAGUUUAAGAACUGCGAGAAUCUUCAUGUCCUGUAAACUGGGACAGGGUAUUUAAACUUGCUAGUCAGAGUUUGGAUGGACACUUGUGAACUCAUAGUAACUGUUAUAUAUUUAAAAUAUUUUAUAUUUAAGGUAAAUACAUUUAAUUGAUACAGUUAUGAAUUGAAAGCCAAGAAAGUUGAGGCAUAGUCAGGAUCUAGUACUCAAAAACUCAUAUUGUUAUUAUUUAUUAAAUAAGUUAAAUUAAUGUUUAUUUAUAAAAUAUUAAUUAAAUACAAAUGCGUAAAAUUGUCUUUAAGCGAAGUGUCUUUAUUAAUCCAAUUUUAAUUUCUGAUACAUUGAAGUAACAAUUAAGAAACAUCUAGUUACCUAAUAUGUGCAAUACUUUUGCAUUUUUUGUACACGUUCUGGCUAAUAUUUCCUUCAAGUAACGUAGUAUGAAUCUUUAUAAAUAUACGCCACGUUUUCAACUUAGUAAACAUUUUAUUAUUCAACAUGAAUCAUGAUGCAGGUGAAUACUUUCAUACCUGAUUGUAGUAUAUCGUGGAUUAAAACAAUCCACAUCUGCAGUAAUUAUAAGAUAUGCAAUCAAAUUAUUGCAUAUUAUUAGUUUUACUUUUGCAAUCAAAGGGAAUAGUAUUUUUAUUUUAGAAUUAUCAAAUUUUUAUAUUGGGUUCUAGCCUAUGAAUAUUAAAAGACAUCUGCCAUGUGUUAUUCAUAAGCCAAUAAUCUUACAUACAACAAAUUCGCAACGCACUCUAAGUAAAGAGAUAUUGCGAGUUCAACAUUAAACAAUUGCUGUUGUUACUAUAAUUUAAUGUUUCAUCAAACUGUACAAGUGUCCAUUCACACUUUACUCUUAACUUCGCCUAAACUUUAAGUUAGUAUUUACGUUAGGUAGGUUUUCUAAUCGUCAGCUGUGACUGCCUCCAAAUUUAACCAAGCAAUAAUAAAACAUAUACUACUACUAUUUAUUAAAAAAGUCAGAAAGAUCGUAAUGAGAUUUCCACCCUACUACCUGCAGGGUCAAUUAGCUUAAACUCUUGUCUUCUUCAGUAUUGCUUCAUUUUCUAAUUUAAUUUUAACAUUUAAAAUUAACAAAAUGGAAACAUUUAGUAACACAAGCUUUCCUAAGCUUUUUGCCUUGUAAAACAUCUGGUGGCAGUAUGUAGAACAAGUUUAUCUGUUUGGUUCUUAUAAAUAAUAACUAGUUAUUACUUUCAAAAUGGUAUUGUCCAGAAUUUUUCUACGAUAAAAGUCUUAAGGCAAAAUGAAAUAUUAGUGUGUAAAGUAUUGCGAUUCACGUUUUAUUUGAAUCGUUAUACCAAAUAUCGAAUAACAUUUUAUUGUUAAGAUUUAUAGUCUUCCGUUUUACGAUGGUGGCACAAAAUUAGCAUUCAUAAAACAUUAGAAUAAAUAUUAUUAGUACAGAAAUGGUUAUAUUUUGAAAAUUUAUUGCUAUGUCGAACAAUGGUGUGCAGUAGUUUUGUCUGUAGCAAUAAUUAUUUAAUUUUUGCUACAGCCCCUUAAAUUAAUUAAUAUUUUUACAUGCUAUUGCAGCUAAACCAAUAGAAAAAUAUUAUUUAAAAGAAGUAUUUGUACGGUUAAAGUGUCUUAGGUAUUUGAAAAGCCAAUAAAUUUUACAAAUUUAUAACACCAUUGUAGAAUUCGCAAAAAUCUACGCUAUUGGUAAUUACAUUAAUUUUCUACUUCAAUCUCUUAGAACCUAUAAAUUUUAUAGAGAUGUCUUUACAUUAAUGCAGUGUAUUAUUCAAUUCACACGUUAUUAAAAAUAUUGUAUUCCAAUGUUGCUACACAGUUAAUAUUAUUUUCAUAUUAUAACACACUUUACAUAACUUCCGUUUCAAUCUAAUGUUAGUGCCGUGCCUUAAGAAUAAUACAUCUAAAUAUAUAAAUGUUGUUUCCGAAAACAUAUAUUUAAUUGUUGUGCAGACUUAAUAUUGUGUAUAUGUGUUUUGUUAUUAUUAUGAUAUUGUGUUAUAUUUCAUGUGAAAAGUUACAACUUAACUGUAAUAUAAUAUAUGUAUAUUUCGUAUGUAGAUUAUCAGCCUAGUGUCACUGUAAAAUAUUACAAAAUGUAUUAUUAUAUUACAUUAACUUAUAUUUUUUCAUUAAACAGUU